AGAUGGCGACAGAAAUUUUAAGUUUGUAAGCUGUGUGAUGAUUAUAUGUAAUGUUAAGCUAGACAUAUCAAAAUUGGUUCUGGUUCAUUUGUACGUGUGUAUAGCGCAAAUGUAAUGUUUUGACAUUCUGUUCGAGUGCUACUUGUGCGAAGGAUAUGAUGUUUUGUUCAAUAUAAAUGCGGCAUUCGGAAGCCAUCGUCGUGAUGAUUGUUUCAAUGCUGCCACCGCUGGAACCCCACAGCCCUGUAUUCUGUAAUGCAAUCAUUUACAGAAUCCUUACGUUGCCUGGAAUGCUCAGACUGCAAGGCAAGCUUCAGUUCAGCAUCUCUCUUACUACAGCAUUUUGCACAACAUGUCCUGGAAAGAAAACCUGAUGGCGAAGCUCCAAGUGAAAAUGUUGGUGAGCUUCACUGUUUCCACAGAUAUAAAGGAAAAGAGAAAGAAAGCAUUUUGGAGACAGCGUUGAAACAUACUAGCGAUCAAGUUGCUGACACACAGCCAUCGUCACUGGAAUCUUGUUCGCCUCUCUCGUCCACAGCUUCUCCUAUUUGUGAGAGUGCUAGUACCAGGAUCUCACCAAAUAGUUCCUUCUGUGAAACAACACCUGCAAUAGAUAAGAAAGAAGCAUCUCUUGCGAGGCUCGACCUGCAGACCCGUCUGGAGAACUGUAUCAUGAGGCUUGCUGCAUCCAGGAGUGCACUGUGUGAAUCUGCGCUCGAUUUAUCUAGUACUAGCAGUGGUAGGACUUGUGCAGGCGAAAACAUUGUGGUGAUGAAGGAGUGUACAGAAAAUGUACGCAAGUGUUCUUCUAGCAGAAAACAGAAAAAUCCCAAGAAAAUAUGUUCUACCCUAAUCAAAGAACAAGACCAGAUAGAGAAUGUUGCAGUGACAGAGGAAAAAUCUGCAGGCAAAAGGAGGUACCCGUGUCGUCUUUGUCCCAAGGCAUUUGGAUGGUCAACAGAUCUCAAGAGGCACAUCCUUACACAUACAGGGGAACGACCCUUCAAAUGCCGCAGCUGUGAUGCAACAUUUACCCGAAACUUUCUCCUUCAGAAACAUGAGAGUCGUGUCCAUGUAGAAGGUCCAAACUUAAACACUGGAGAUUCAAGUGAUGAAAACUUCACAGCUGUGGAAAAAAAGAGGAGGAGAUCCAAUGGAGAACUGUCAUCACGCUGCAAUGGUGUUUCAUGCUUUGUCUGAAACGCGUUUUGUGAAACUGUGGCAUGUCUAGUAUGGAAAACAAUAGGGAAAGGUUAGUUUGCUACUCACCAUAUGGAGGAGGCGCUAAGUCACAGACAGGCACAAUAAAAACAUAUUUUACCAUUCUUUUUUAUUGUGCCCAUCCACACACAUUUUUUAAAUCCAUUGACUUGUUCAGUAUUACUGAUAAAUAGUCUUCUGAAAUGUAUGUGAGCUGUUGUUACAGAAUUUAUGCACCUAUCGUAAUGAUUUGAUUUCUCACAUCUGUGAACUUUUGUCAUAUGGAAAUCCAAAAUUCCAGUUUAACAGAUAAUUUUCUAUCCUAAUGCAAAAUUCUGCGUCGCAUCGUCAAGCUGGUUAUGGAAAAAAAAAAAGAGAGAAAGAAAACAGUUACUUUUCACAGAUUCUUGUUUUACUUUUGAAAGGAAUGGACACCAAUUGGAUUAGUUCCAAAUGAAAAGAGGGGAAAGAAUGACUGUCAUCAUUCAGGCAAAAAUGCGCGAAGGAUACCUAGUAAGGCACAAAACAGCAUGAGUGUCAUUUCAGCAGACUGCAUCAAAUGUUAUUUAAUCAUUGUGGGAUAAGUUUGCAUCAGUAAACAACGUAGAAAUUGAAGAGAUUUAAGUGUUGGGAAUUGUGUUAAGGCAGAAAGAAACAUGGCUGUAUAUUUGUGUUGCCUUUAACCUAUCUCUUAAGUACUUAUAUAUUCACUGGUAGCAUGCGUGGGAGUGCAAAAUGCCUGAAAAGAGCCUUAUUGAAUUUUAUUCAGCUAAAUCUUACAAGAAAAUGGAGAUUAUUAUUGUUAACUUUCAGGGUAUAAUAUUAUUGCUGCCAUCAUAAUUACUUCUGCAAAAGUUCAACUGCAGGCUAAGGCCUUUUUUUUAUAUUCUGCAAAACCAUUUAAUAUCUUUCCAGCUAACAAUUCAG